GGCUGGUCCAUGAAGGUCCCAGCGGAGGUCCGGGCUAUAGAGGGCUACCCGGUGGUGCUGCCCUGCUCCUUCACACACCCUCACAACACCCACCACGCCUCCAUGCACGUGGUGUGGCGACUGGGUCACACCCACACAGGCACAGUGCUGUUCCGCUGCUCGAGCCUCAACGGCAGCCAGUACUGCCAUCCUGGACCAAACCAGGACCAGCGCUACCGCCUGGAGGGAAACCACCGGGAACAUGACCUGUCACUGCGCAUCAACAGCGCCGCCUUGCAGGACAAUGGCCGGUACUACUGCCGUGUGGAGCUGCCGGGACAACCACAUGGCAGCUAUGAGAAUAAAAUGGGGACGCGGCUAAGAGUGGAAGCUCCUCCACGUAUCCUCAGCUUGUCCAUAGAAGGCAGCAUGGACACUGGUCUCAAAGCUCGGUGUAAGGUUCAGGGUUCUCCCCAGCCAGACGUCCAGUGGAUGGGUCCAGACGACGUUUUUGAAGGGGAUAUUGGAUUCCCAUUCUCUCAGGAGGCCCCAAGUCAGCACUGGGUCACGAUCCACCUGCUGGACGUCCAGCCAGGAGGGCAAUAUACCUGUACUGCUUCAAACCCUCUGGGUAAAGACCAGGCCAUGGUGUAUAUUCUACCCCCAAGCCCAGAGAAAUCCAUCAGUAAGAGCAACCCUACAGCCCUGCCACUGAUGCUAGGGUUAGCAUUAGCGGCUAAAGUGCUACUAGCCUUGGGUCUUGGAGCCUGGAUAGUUAAUCUGCUAAAAUCAAAGGAACCACCAGAAGCUCCAGAUUUUCCUUCUUCACUCUCAUAA